AACCCGAACCCCAAAAAAACAGAACACUUAAAUACGUUUGAAGUAACGAACCAACCUGCUUCAACUGCAACCGGAACCUUAACCUUAACCUUCUCGCGCCUUUUCAGUUUCAUUAACCCCUGUUGUGUGUUGUUUCUGUUUGGAUCUCCAGAAAAUGCUGGAAACUAAGGACCCUGCAAUUAAGCUCUUCGGCCAGAAGAUUCCCUUUCCUGGGGAACCUGAGGCUCCUGUCAUUGCCGGCGACGACAAGGCCUUGCCGGCGGCGAUGGAUGUCGACAAAGAGGAAGAAGAAGACAGAGACGUUGAUGAGUCAGAACAUGAAGAUGAGAAAGACCAUGGAGACAAGGAUUCUCGAGCUGAAGAAGAAGUUACUAAGAAAAAGAAAGAUGCUGAUCCUCCUCCAAAUGCUGCAGAGACUAAGAAGAAUUCCGGAACAUUACUGCCUGAGGGUAUUCAGAACCCAAAGACACCUUCAAUAGAAGAAGAAACUGCAAAAUCACAAGAUGGCAAAUCAGAGAACGAGCAAAGUGAUGCAACCAACAACUCACAAGAGAAAACACUGAAGAAGCCAGAUAAAAUACUUCCAUGUCCACGCUGCAAUAGCAUGGACACUAAAUUCUGUUACUACAACAAUUACAACAUCAAUCAGCCACGUUAUUUCUGCAAAGCGUGUCAAAGAUACUGGACUGCUGGUGGUACCAUGCGGAAUGUGCCAGUGGGUGCAGGGAGAAGAAAGAACAAGAAUUCUUCCACCCAUUAUCGCCAUAUCACCAUCUCUGAGGCUCUUCAGGGAGCUAGAAUUGAUGCUACUAAUGGAACUCAUCUUCCCACUUUAAAAACCAAUGGUAGAGUCCUUAGCUUUGGAUUAGACCCACCGAUUUGUGAUUCCAUGGCAUCCCUCUUGAACCUUGCGGAGAAAAAGGUUCUUAAUGGCACAAGAAAUGGGUUUCAUAACAUUGAGGAUCAAAGAAUUGCUGUUCCUUGCAAAAGUGAGGAAAAUGGUGAUGACUGCUCAAGUGGGUCUUCCAUUACUGUUUCAAAUUCCAUGGAGGAAAGUGGGAAAAGCACUUCCCAAGAAUCAUUAUUAAGAAACAAUGGUUUCAUUCCUCAAGUUCCAUGCUUUUCCAGUGUUCCUUGGCCUUAUCCUUGGAACUCUCCAGUUCCUUCACAUGCUUUGUGUCCUCAAGGAUUUCCCCCCAUGUCAUUCUAUCCUGCGGCGGCUUUUUGGAACUAUGGUGUACCAGGGAAUUGGAAUACUCCAUGGUUUCCCUCUCAUGAUGCAUCUGUUCCAAACCCAAGCUCUCCAAGCUCAGGUGCAAAUUCUCCUACUCUUGGAAAACACUCCAGGGAUGAUGACAUGGUUAAACAAGACCAUUUGCGCAAUGAAGAACCAUCAAGACAUAGAAACGGGUGUGUUUUGGUCCCCAAGACUUUAAGAAUUGAUGACCCGAGUGAAGCUGCAAAGAGUUCUAUAUGGUCAACUCUAGGAAUUAAGAAUGAAUAUGUGAGUGGGGGAGGCAUGUUUAAUGCCUUUCAAUCAAAGAAGGACGAAAAGAAUCAUGUUGAAACCUCCCCAUUGUUGCGGGCUAACCCUGCAGCUUGGUCUAGAUCCCUUAAUUUUCAUGAGAACUGCUGAAUUAGCACCACCACAGCGAGUCUUGGAUUGUGUCUGAGGAUUGAGGUUUAGUCACUUCUUCUUGAGUGAGCAAGAGACGGUGACCAUCUUUCAGCAAAUGGGCAUUUUGAUUAUGACCUUGGAAUGAAGCGAAGGUUGGUAGUCUCUGAUUUCCUCAGCAUAAGUAGGGUGAACUAAUCUACUAGGAGUUUUAGUGGGAUUGGUGGGAACUAAUUUUGUCUUUCUUUUCAUGUUUCACUAUGAACAGGUGUCUUUACGUGCUUAUUUUGCUGAGUUUGAGUUGAUGUACAUAUAAAUGUCUGUGAAAUACUGGCUAGAGAUGGAAAAGAUCUUUACUAUGUAUAAAUGUUCAGAGUUAAUGUAUUUUCUUAUGGAAAAUGGAAAAUGGGACUUCCUUUUGUUUUACAUGUUUUGGUUCUUUGUGGAAAAAU